CUUGCCGGAGAGUCAGGAAAAGCGCCGGGUUUCCGGGUCGCCGCUCAGCCCUGGAAGUCCUGGCUGCCGCGAUGAGGAAGGGGACAGUAAACACGUGACGCGCGUCCUGCCGCAGACCAAGCCGCAGAGCCCAAGUAAGCCGCGGCGGAGGCCUCCUGGAGCCGGGGCGCGUGCCAGGGCGGUCUCCCAGCGCGGGUUGUGGCCCUGCCGGCUCUGCCUGGGCCGAGCUCGUGCCUGAGCUGGCAUCGCUGCUGCUCCGGGGAGCUCCCGUCUGCAGGGACCCGGGGCCGCGUGUGGCUUUUCCUUUCCAACCGUCGCGUGCCGUGCCGAGAGCAGAUGCGAGCGCGGAGAAGUGUUAGAAACGCACUCGGCCCGCCGGGCCGGGCGCUUGUGGGGAGGAGACCCGCGUCUUGCGCUUCGUGCGAAGGGAGCAGCGUCGUUCCCGGGGGGGACACCGGGAGACGAGGCGGGUGGCAGCUCUGGGGCACAACGCGGGGAGCGAUUGCAGGGGAAGAGGAGGAAAUGUGGCGCUGGCAGCGAUGGACCUUCUCCGGAGCUGGUGCACGAUGGCUCUGCUCUGCCUGCUCCUGCCGGGAGGGCGUCCCAGCCCCUGCGGUGUGGCCAUCUCCCCCGAGGAGCCGGCGGUGGAGCUCGGCAGCCCCAUCGUCCUGAACUGCACCAGCUCCUGCCGCAACUACAGCCGGCUGAGCUGGGAGGUCUCCGUGCAGAAGGUGCUGGCGCACGGCCCCGGCUGGGUCUCCCUCAGCAUCCCCAACGUCUCCGAGUGGCAGCUGGACCUCCAGUGCUUCGGCGGCUUCGGGAGGGAGCGGCACAUCACCAACACCACGCUCCACGGCUACCGACUCUCGCCCCCGCAGAUCUACCUGGACCCGGAGAUCGUGGCCGGCGCGGAGGCUCGCGUCACCUGCAACGUCUCCGUGCAGGCGUCGCCCUCGGCCCGGCAGGACCUCGCGCUGACGCUGCGCGCCCAGGAGCACCUGCUCGCCACCAGCCACGGCCGCCCCUGGCUGUCGCACGGCUUCACGGCGCGCCCGGCGCAGGACGGCCAGCUCCUGGCCUGCAAAGCCCUGCUGCACCUGGGCCGGCGCCUGGUCAGCACCACCGCCACCGCCACGCUGCGAGUCUGGGCGGCGCCCUACGACGUGCAGGUCGCGGCCACCCCGGCCGCCUUCGCCGCCGGCGACAACCUCACGGUGACGUGCCGGGCCGAGGGCAACCCGCCGCCGCGGCUGCGCUGGGAGCUGCCCUCCAACGCCAGCCUGGAGCUGUCGGCCGGCGGCGCCGCCGUGACGGUGCGGGACGCCCGGAGCCAGCACGCGGGCACCUACCGCUGCCUGGCCGCCAACCGCUACGGCGCCGGCGCGGCCCAGGUCGACGUCCCCUUCCGAGGGUCCCCCCGCAGCCCCCUGGUCCCCGUGGCCGUGGUGCUGGCCGUGGUCGUGGCGCUGGCCGGCGUCGCCGGCCUCUGGUACCUGUUCCGCGCCCGUGGAUGGAGGCACAUGCGGGACGGGGGCCGCCCGGGCUAGCGCUGCUGUACCGCCGCGGCGAGCGGCUGCCCCGGGCUGCGCGUGCAAACCAAGAAGAGAAAUUCUCCCACGAG